UUUAUUAUAAACACCGCGCGAGCCGCAGCGCGCUGUCAAACGGAGCGCGAGCGCAGAGCGAACUGCAGUCCAGUCCAGAGAGGGACAGUGGAGAGACCCAGAGACAGAGAACCAGAAGGGACAGGGACACAGCUGGAUUAUUACCAAGAAAAACAACAGCCGAGCGACUGUGAGAUAUAAACCACAACAGCUGAAGAGAAAGUUGGAGAAGCUGUUUUUGGAGAUUCAGGAGAGAGAGAACCACCGUGACUGGUGCAGACACACCUGAAGCCUCUCUGAGAGUUCGCCUCGCCGGUUAUUUUUUGCAGACCGGUGUCCGCAUCGGCUGACCUCCAUGUAUAAGAUGGAUUACUCCUACCUGAACUCCUAUGACUCCUGCAUGGCGGCCAUGGAAGCGUCGGCCUACGCGGACUUCAGCUCCUGCAGCCAGGCCAGCUCCUUCCAGUACAACCCGAUCCGGAGCGGACCGUUCUCCAACCCGGGCUGCACUCCGCUCAGCACGGCCAGCUGCACCCUGGGGGCCCUGAGAGAGCACCAGCCCACACCCUAUUCCUCAGUACCUUACAAGUUCUUCUCGGACCCCUCUGGGCUGAACGAGAAGAGGAAGCAGCGGCGCAUCCGGACCACUUUCACCAGCUCCCAGCUGAAGGAACUGGAGCGGGUUUUUGCAGAGACACAUUAUCCCGAUAUCUACACUAGAGAGGAGCUGGCCCUGAAGAUAGACCUGACCGAGGCCAGGGUACAGGUGUGGUUUCAGAACAGACGUGCCAAAUUCCGUAAGCAGGAGCGUGCAGCCAACGCCAAAGCCAACAACUCUGGAGGUAACACAGGCAGCAGCAGCAGCAGCUCUGGAGGAAAGAAGGGCGGAGAGCCAAGAUCUUCAUCGGAUGAUGAUGAGUCCAAAGAGUCCACCUGUAGCCCCACACCUGACAGCACGGCCUCACUGCCGGGCUCAGCCAACGGGAACUUGGGCAGCCCGGCCAGUCUGAGCCCCAGCCCGGCUCCUCCUAACAGCGGCUAUGCCAACGCCUCCAGCUCUCCGGUCCUCCAGGGGCUCAAACCUCCAAGCUGGUCCAGUCUGGGACCGUCCAACCCGGCCGUGGCCCAGCCCGCUGCCCAGACUCAGGAGAUUCUGAAGGCCUGGCAGCCGGCGGACAGUAUGACCGGGCCCUUUGCCGGAGUCCUGUCCUCCUUCCACAGAAAACCCAAUCCCACCAUCAAGACGAAUCUGUUCUGAAGCACAGAGGGUGAGGAAUGAGAACUGGAACAGAGAGGAGUUUCUAACUUUUGCAGAGAGAGUCGAGGUUAUAGAGCUGAAUUCACUGGUGUAGUCUGCUGUAGUUCAGUGAGGCCCUCGGUUCUUCUCUGAAAAACUGUCACACUGAUUCAAAGCUCAGACGUUAAAACCACACGUCUGAUCACCGUCUGUUCCCCCAAAAUAUUAUGCAACUCUGCACAUUUUACCUGAAAACCCCACAUGGACAUGACAGACUGUCCUGUGAUGACUCUCAUACUCUAAGCGAGCUGAAGAGAAAAUCUAUUUAAUAAACUAUACAAGUUAAAUGGACUCUUAACACAUCAGAUAUUCCUACACAGUCUCAGUUUCUUUGUCUCCUCUGUCUUUCUUCCGCAUUCCCACACUCACAGCACUGAAACAAAACCUGUUGUGCAUGGCAGCGGCUCUGGUCAGCAUGUCGGUCAGGUAUGAGUUUAAAGCAGAAAUCUAAACAGUCUCUGCCGGGGAAACAAACAAACUUUUACCCUCGAGCACAACUUACUUUGAGCCCCUUGACACACAGACUUCCACCACAAGGAACAGGGUCCCCCUAAAUCUCCUGGCCGGGCAGAGCGGGGCCAACUUGAAAUCCAAUUAGAGCAGCCGGGUCCAGACUAGACACAUCCCACGUUCAGCUCAUCCCCUCCUCUUUCUUUACUGUAUCAAGUCCUGACUCCCACACUCCUCCUCCUCACGUCCCAUCAUGCUUUUCCCCAUCAAACACAUUUGAAAUUCUGAAAGGACAAGAGACAGAGAACUUGAGGCAUUUCCUUUACAGGUGGAGAAUCAUCAAGCAUUGAUCCUAUAUGAUUAGAACUGGCUUAUGCUGCUGCUGUCAUGGCACUGAUUCUCUGAUUCUCCGUUGAGAUGGAUGGAAACAAAAGUGUACUCAGCAGGCAGUGUGUGGUACGAUUUCCAAAAGGAUGAGUGGCUCAUCAUCCGCUCUGACUCUCAAAGCCCACACAAAUGGGAUCGUGUUUCUCAGAAACUGCCAGUAUACCAAGAGAUGGGAGGUUUUUACUGUAUGCUCAUUAAUGUCUUGAUUUUCUUAAUUUUAUUUGACAAAAAAAAUAGCUCUUUGUACACUUUCAUCUUUCACGUUGCUCCUAAACGAUCUGUUCUAGUUUGCUGAAAAUCACUAGAGGAUCUUCUCUAGAAAUUUUACUCAGAAGAAGGAAAAAAAAAUACAUGUAUUUAUUAAUAUUUUUUAUUAUGUCCGUGAGAAACACACAUUUCUUUUGAACUGCUCCAUAAAAGUUUGUGACUGUAAAUUCUGUAAUUAGUAAUAUAAAUAUUAGGUAGCUUUUUGUUUUUCCUUGCCUUGAUUUACAGAUCUAUUUCAUUGCAGAGUGUCUGUCUGAACGCAAAAACUAUGAAUCGACAGAAAGCUCUAGCGAAUACGAAGUUAUAGCACUACUCUGAAUAUUCUAAUAAAUCUACAUUAUGGAGGCACUACC